GGCGCCUCUUCAUUUUCCCAAGAAUCUCGCCAGGGGAUGGAUGAUCGAGGGCAAGGUGAUGCGGCGAGGGAGGAGGAAGCAGCAAUGUGGUGCUCGGCGCCACAGUGUUAGGGUUUUAGAGAUGGAUCCUGGGGGACGAUCGCCGUGGCAGCGGCGGCAGGCUUGAUAGGGAUGCGCCGCGCGCUCGAAAUUUUUGCCCUCUCGUGGAAGCCGCGAAUGUGAGUUGGUUUGAUGAAAGUAGCGGCAGGUUCUCUUCCUCUUCGUGCGCUCCGGGUGGUUUCGUCCUCCACUAGGAGGCCCCUCUGGUGCCAUGCUAUCGACGGCAGGAUUCACUACGCAGAUUGUCCCUGUCGCCUCCUGUUCUUCGUCAUUGCAAUCAUCCAGUGCUAGUGCUUCCUCGUCCUCGUCUUCUAAGCUCCCGUUUGUGAGGUUUGGGAGGCAGCAAGAGUUUUUUCGGCCAAUGUGUUGUCAAAAGAACUUUGAUGGUUUUGAAUGCGGUAGUAAAUGGAGUUGCUGGAAGAAGCGGAUGAGAUUGACAAGGGCAGCCAGGGACGAGUCUUCUCCUUACCUUGAGCCUGAUGCGCGCUCGAGUGUUCUUGCCGUCAUCCUGGGUGGUGGUGCCGGAACCAGAUUGCAUCCGUUGACCAAAGAGCGCGCGAAACCAGCUGUGCCCCUGGGGGCCAACUACAGGCUCAUCGACAUUCCCGUGAGCAACUGUAUCAACAGCAACAUUCCCCGGAUUUACGUCCUCACGCAGUACAACUCAACGUCUCUGAACAGUCACCUGUACAGGGCCUACGCUGGGAACAUGGGAGGCUUUAGAAACGAUGGUUUUGUGGAAGUGCUUGCGGCCGAGCAGAGCUUAGAUAAUCCUGACUGGUUUCGUGGUACAGCCGAUGCUGUCCGGCAAUACCUAUGGAUUUUUGAGGACCAGGACGUCAUGGAAUUUUUGAUCCUAGCAGGAGACCACUUGUACCGCAUGGACUAUCAAAGGUUCAUUCGGAGCCACCGUCAAACCAAGGCAGACAUCACUGUUGCCGCUGUUCCAGUGGAGGAAAAAAGAGCCACGAACUUCGGGCUCAUGAAGAUCGAUUCAGAAGGGAAAAUUACCGAGUUUGCUGAGAAGCCAAAGGGUGGGAUACUUCAGGCCAUGAAGGUGGACACAACUAUCCUCGGUCUAGAUCCUAAGAGAGCUGAAGCGUUGCCAUAUAUUGCCAGCAUGGGUAUAUACGUUAUCAGCAAGGAGGCGAUGUACAAGUUGCUGCAUGAAAAGUUUCCAAAUGCAAACGAUUUUGGCAGCGAGAUUAUUCCUGGAGCGACCCAGCUUGGCAUGAAAGUACAAGCCUACCUGUUUGAUGGAUACUGGGAGGAUAUUGGCACAAUCGAGGCUUUUUACAAUGCCAACAUAGGAUUGACUAAGAGCCCUCCUGAAUUUAGUUUUGAUGACAAGCAUUCACCAAUAUAUACGCUCCCGAGGUGCCUACCACCCUCGAUAAUGCACGAUGCGGACAUCGUGCAGAGCAUCAUUGGAGAAGGCUGUGUCAUUCAGAAUUGCAAAAUCUACCACUCCGUGGUCGGCCUGAGGUCCCGAAUUGCAGAGGGUGCGGUCAUCGAGGAUUCUCUUCUUAUGGGAUCGGAUUUUUACGAGCAAGAGGAGCGCCGAGAACAUCUCCAUUCCCAUGGCGGCGUGCCCAUUGGCAUUGGCAAGUACUCUGUCGUCCGAAAGGCUAUUAUCGAUAAGAACGUUCGAAUUGGUCGGAAUGUGAGGAUCAUCAACAAGGAUAACGUGUUGGAGGCUGCAAGGGAAACAGAAGGCUACUUCAUUAAGAAUGGGAUUGUGACGAUUAUCAAAGACGCAGUUAUUCCAAACGGUACAACGAUUUGAGCUGAAUUCGUCGCAUCUGAUGCAAGUACGUACAUAGUGUGUAUAUUGGACGAGGAGGACGAGUGUUGUCUGUAAAUUUGUGUAGCCAAUGAAUUCGUUUUCAUUUUUUGUU